AUGCAGCGAACACGCUCUACCCACUCGAUACAUCGCCCGCUGUCGCGCGCCUCGACCCAGAGCGCCCACUCUCCCGCUCCCGACAUGCUGCAUCAACAACAAUACUUGAACCACCACAACCCCGAGACAAUGCUGCUACACUAUGCCCAGGGCUCCGCACCGCACAUGGACGCCCAGAUGAUGCAGCGCACCUUCCAAAAUCAACACAUACCUAUGGACCAGUUCACCGCGCAAGCUCAGCAGUUCGCGACUCAGGAUGGCUCGUAUAUGUUCCAGCCCGCCGAUUAUCCCGUCCCCAUGGGUCUCGCCGCCUUCCCCCAACUCAGUGGCCAUGAGCCCGAGGAUCGUCGCCGCAAAGGUUCAUCGGCCACUGCAACCAACGACAAGGAAUUGCGCGAGUUGCUAUCCAAGAACGAGGCGCGCUCAUUACCAGAAGUCGCCCAAGAAGUCAUCGCCAAGGAACGCACUCCUCAGGCCGAAAAGACAAAACAGCUGUUCGCUAUGCUCUGGUAG